GGCUGCACUAUUUAGGAAAAUGGACUUGGGAGGAGAGCCUAGACGGGAGAGGACCCUGGGCAGAGCCAGGGGAAUAUUGCCGCCCCAAAGCCGAGCUGGAGGCAGCGAAAGCAGAGAGGCGGCAUUAUGAGGCGCUAGCACAGCAGAGCGGAUGGAAGCCCGAGAGGCAGCCCCAAAAAUUUAUUGGGGGGGGGGGACACAGGGGGCACAGGGAGAGUGUGGCAGAGUCAGGAGCCAGACCUGAGCCAACUCCCCCUGUUUACCGUAAGGAGCCAUGGAUGUUAUCGGAGCUAUCGGCGAAGCUGAGGGCUGAGUCUGAGAGGGUCGAGGAGUUAUUGGACAGAAUGGAGGAGAGUGAACGGAUGGGAGAUGAGGAGACACUCGAGGAGGUGUUAAUAGAAUUGGGGGAGUGUGAAGAGAGAGAGCAGUUGAUUUGGUGUAGUAUGCAAGGCAUUCACCCUGAGGUGCGUGUCCCCAGCCCGGUACCAUCAGUGCCGGCACCCCGCACCAGGCUGUCUCUCCGUCCCAUCAAUACAGGUGAUCCCACCUGUCCGGCGCUACCAGAGUUUCCGCCCCUCAGUCCAGAGGCGCCAGAGCCCCUCAGUCCAGAGCCGCCAGAGCCCCUCAGUCCAGAGGCGCCAGAGCCCCUCAGUCGAGAGGCGCCUGAGCCCCUCAGUCCAGAGGCACCAGAGCUCCUCAGUCCAGCACGGCCAGCGCCUUCCUCCUCUCCAGCGCUGCCGGAGUCUCCCGCCUGUCCGGCGCUGCCAGAGCUUCCGCCCCUCAGUCCAGAGGCGCCAGAGCCCUUCAGUCCAGCGCUGCCAGAGUCUCCCGUCUGUCCAGAGCUGCCAGAGUCUCCCGUCUGUCCAGAGCUGCCAGAGUCUCCCGUCUGUCCAGAGCUGCCAGAGUCGCCAUCUUCUUACAGAAGGACCUGAGCCCUAGGACCAUGCCUCAGGACUACCUGGCCUGAUGACUCAUUGCUGUCCCCAGUCCACCUGGCCGUGCUGCUGCUCCAGUUUCAACUGUUCUCCCUGCGGCUAUGGAACCCUGACCUGUUCACCGGACAUGCGACCUGUCCCAGACCUGCUGUUUUCAACUCUCCAGAGAGCGCAGGAGCGGUAGAGAUACUCUGAAUGAUCAGCUAUGAAAAGCCAACUGACAUUUACUCCUGAGGUGCUGACCUGUUGCACCCUCAACAACCACUGUGAUUAUUAUUAUUUGACCCUGCUGGUCAUCUAUGAACAUUUGAACAUCUUGGCCAUGUUCUGUUAUAAUCUCCACCCGGCACAGCCAGAAGGGGACUGGCCACCCCUCAUAGCCUGGUUCCUCUCUAGGUUUCUUCCUAGGUUUUGGCCUUUCUAGGGAGUUUUUCCUAGCCACUGUGCUUCUACACCUGCAUUGCUUUCUGUUUGGGGUUUUAGGCUGGGUUUCUGUACAGCACUUUGAGAUAUCAGCUGAUGUAAGAAGGGCUUUGUAAAUAAAUUUGAUUUGAUUUGAAUUAUCCUUCCUCAUUAUGCCAUUUAUUUUGUGAUGCGCACCAGUCCCUCCUGCAGCAAAGCACCCCCACAACAUGAUGAUGCCAACCCCGUGCUUCACGGUUGGGAUGGUGUUCUUCGGCUUGCAAGCCUCCCCCUUUAUUCUGCAAACAUAACGAUGAUCAUUAUGGCCAAACAGUUCUGUUUUUGUUUCAUCAGACCAGAGGACAUUUCUCCAAAAAGUAGGAUCUUUGUCCCCAUGUGCAGUUGGAAACCAUAGUCUGGCAUUUUUAUGGCGGUUUUCGAGCAGUGGCUUCUUCCUUGCUAAACGGUCUUUCAGGUUAUGUCGAUAUAGGACUCGUUUUGCUGUAGAUAUAGAUACUUUUGUACCUGUUUCCUCCAGCAUCUUCACAAGGUCCUUUGCUGUUGUUCUGUGAUUGAUUUGCACUUUUCGCACCAAAGUACGUUCAUCUCUAGGAGACAGAACGUGUCUCCUUCCUGAGCGGAAUGACGGCUGCAUGGUCCCAUGGUGUUUAUACUUGCAUACUAUUAUUUGUACAGAUGAACAUGGUUCCUUCAGGUGUUUGGAAAUUGCUCCCAAGAAUGAAACAGACUUAUGGAGGUCUAUAAUUGUUUUUCUGAGGUCUUGGCUGAUUUCUUUUGAUUUUCCCAUGAUGUCAAGCAAAGAGGCACUGAGUUUGAAGGUAGGCCUUGAAAUACAUCCACAGGUACACCUCCAAUUGACAGAAAUGAUGUCAAUUAGCCUAUCAGAAGCUUCUAAGGCCAUGACAUAAUUUUCUGGAAUUUUGCAAGUUGUUUAAAGGCACAGUCAACUUAGUGUAUGUAAACUUCUAACCCACUGGAAUUGUGAUACAGUGAUUUAAAAAUGAAAUAUUCUGUCUGUAAACAAUUGUAUAUAUUUUUUAUUAUUAACCCCUCCACCACCCCCCUCUUCGGAGGACAAAUAUCUUGUUGUUUUUUUACAGCUUUUUUGCUACAUAUACAUGCAUUUUACAUAUAUAUUUUACAAACAUGGUAUUUUUAUAUAAAGCAGUCACAUAACAAUAAUACAUUACCAAGCAGACUCUUUAAUCCCAACCCUCAGCCACUCUCAGCACAUCCCACCUAUCACCACAGACCACCCUCGUUUGGUUUCCAUGUGCCAUAAAUGUUUCUAUUGUGCUGUGAUUUUUUUACAACAUUUUCAAACCUAUCUUUCCAAAUCUCCCAACACUGCUAUUUGUAGGUUAAUUUUAAGUGCAUGUUAUGAUUUUUAACCAUUCCUGAAGCUAUGACCAGAAACAAGCUACACAGGGGCAAUACCAGAAUAAAUUAUAUGUUGAUUCUGUCUCUUCGCAGCAAAAUCUGCAGAGCCGAUAUUGUUGUAUGCCCCAUAUAUAUAGCAUUAUUUGUGGCAACAUUUUUAUUAAAUAUUUUAAAUUGAAAAACUCUAA